AUGUCACAAGAAGGAAAAAGAUAUUACGAAUUCAAAGCCAUGCACGGCUUUGUAACCAUCAACCUCAGGGCAGAAACUCCAAUGCCCUCAAAAGAGACAGUAAGAAAACUAUUAGAAACUUGGCGCACAACUAGAAAUAAGAAAGCUACCGUAAAAUAUCUGGCUUUGAGCAAAACAACGCAAGGAUCAAAAAAACACAUUCACGCCUUCUUCGAAUUGGAAGAAACGGCCCACGUGAGAAAGAAGCCAUUCGCGCUGUUAAACGGGGAACAGCAUUUCUUAAAAUUCGAAAAGGUGACAGAAAACAAAAACUACGAUGGUAGUUUCAAAGCCAUCAUAGAAUACUUAAAGAACCAGGGUGCAAAACACCCAAACAGUAAUGCCGCGUUUGAAGAGAUCGGAAAGAUGGAAAGAAACCGCGGAAGAUUGGGCGAUAUUGACAUCGCCAAAGCACUUAAAAUGCCAGACUUAGAAGAAGCCCACGCAUUCUUAAAAAAUAUCAGCUUAAAAGGAUACAUGAAUAAUGUAUCUAAGUUUGAUAGUGUGUGGGCUCAAGAACACAGUAGAGACACUCCCUAUAGAAUAAAAAUCAAACUACAACCAUGGAAAGAAGAUAAUCCAGUGGUUAAAAACAGUAGAAUAUGGCUCAAUUCUGCAUUAAGCGGAAGAACAAAGAGAGUCAAGACAUUAGUUAUAGUCAGUGAUACCAAGAUGGGGAAGACGGAAUUCGUAAAUGAUUUAUUAAAGAAUUUAAAAGUAGACGAAUUCAGAGGAAGAUUUAUGAUGGAUGGCCACAACGAAAGCUUAAAGUAUGAUAUACGUUUAUUCGACGAUGCUAAUUUAAACGAUAUAAUAUGGCCAGAAUUCAAAUCAUUGAUUAGUACCAGAGGAGAACAGAUUACAAUUAAUGUGAAAUAUUCACACGCCAGAGUUACAUCAAUUCCAACAAUACUAGUACUUAAUCCAGGAAGUUGGAAAGCACUCCAACAAACGGCAAAAGAAUACGAAGAUUUCGAUUGGCUAGAAAAGAACUCAGUAGUACUCUUCACUAAAGAGAAAUUAUUCAAAGAGCCUCCACCUAAACCACAAGUAGAACAAGAUAAAAGUAAAUAUGAUGGUUUAGAUCCAAAACUAGUAGAAAUGUUACUAGAAAAUGAAGUAGAAGAAUACAUCGAAUUAGAUGAUAUGGGAGAUGACACAGUAGAAGAUAUAGAUGAUGCUCUAUAUCAAUUAGAACAAGAGAGUCUACCUCCUCCUAUAGUAUUAGAUCAGCCAUUAGAAGAAGAAACACCAUCAAAAAGAGUAGCCACAGAUGAUCACGAAAUGCAGAAGAGAUUCUUCGAAUUAACGAAGAAUGUAAUAACAGAAGAAGGAAAUAAUAAAUACAUCACCGUACAAAGUGGAAAGAAAAUAAGAAUAGCCGAUGAAGAUAGCGAAGAUGAUCCAGAAGUUCUAGCAAACAAUUGGAAUACAGGCAAUUUUUAA